CUCAAAUAUUUACAGUGGGUGAAGAGAAGCGCCACAGUGACAGAGCAAGUAUAAAGCAUGUCGAAAGGUGGUGCAUUUGUUUUUAGAAUGCUGGCGCCAGCUCUGAACUGCUGUGCUUGUACUCGCAACAUCAGUGCGUUGAUCUGCACUGCUGAGAACAGUUCUGCAGAAGGCGCUCGCUAGGGGGUCUCCUUUUCUUGGAUCAGAUUGAAACUGCAGGAAUUUGUCAGAUUGGUGCUGAUGAUGUUGCAUUUGAUCAUGAGCAGUAAGACGUUUUCAGCUCCAUAACAUCCACUCUUGUAAUCCUCCUGAUCACAGGUGCACCUGCAUGAGUUUCUUGGGCUCAGUGGAUCAAUCAAGGAAGCAUUUCAGAUUUACACUAAGCUCGGCAAGCAAUUCUUCAACCUCAAGCCAUCAGAGCUAAGAUCAGAACUGCGGUGUUGACUUGUUCGAUUGACCCCAUAUCAUCAAGAUAUUCUGGUGCGAACUGAUGGACGCACGUGGAUCAGAGUCAGCAGCGGCAGCGGCUGCCGCGCCCCAUAUCCGGCAAAGAAAGCCUCAUGAUCAAUCAACUCCAGAAGCAUCUGGAAAGGGCAGGGAGAAGCUGGCGGCUUCUGGGUCAGCAAAAGCUGGAGGCAGUCAAACCUGGUUAGCAGGGGACGAGCUCAAAGGGUUGAUCUGCAUGGCCUUGCUGGCCGUUCAGUAUGCGCUACAACCAGUGGUGUCCAAGAGGUUUAUUCAUCCUGCCGUCAACAAGACCACAGUUGUGCUUGUCUGUGAGCUGUGCAAGAUCAUCUUUGCCUUCCUCAUCUUGCUGGUGCAAGGCCCCCUCGCGCCGCGCUUUGCUGGCUGGAGCGUGGGGGAUGCACUGCUUGCAUCCGCCCUGCCGGCCGCCAUCUACGCAAUACAAAACGUGCUGGUGCAGAGUGCAUACCCCCACCUAGACCCUCUCACGCUCUCCAUGCUCAACCAAACCAAGCUGCUGUUUACUGCUCUCUUCACCGCUCUGCUUCUUGGGCAGCGCCAAUCCGGCCCCCAGGUUGUGGCGCUCCUGUGCAUGCUGGUCGCCGCAGUGCUUCUCAGUUGGGACCCUGCGGCUGCGCCGACCCCCUCGGGAGAGCAGCCGCCGCCCGACCGCCGGUUUUUCCUGGGCGUACUGCCCAUGCUCGUGGCGUCGGUGUUGUCGGGCCUCGCUUCCACCGUCUGCCAGCGGACCCUCCAGGUACGACGGCGGGACGCGUAUGUGAUGACGAUGGAGAUGAGCGUAUUGGGCAUUGCGGUGCUGUUGCUGACGUUGGCGGGCUCUGACGAUGGGGCGCGGAUCCGGAGCAAAGGGUUCUUCCAUGCUUGGGAGUUGUCCACUAUGUAUCCCGUGCUGUUGUACGCUGCGGGGGGCAUUUUGGUGGGCCUCGUCACCAAGUAUGUCGGCGGCCUCAAAAAGGGCUUUGCGAUUGUUGUGGCGCUUCUUGUGACGGCGGUGAUUCAACUAGUGCUCGACCAGGAAUGGCCGACAGGGCCCGUAGUGGUAGCCAUGCCUUUGGUGGCCGGCGGGGUGUUGCUUCACUCCAUGUAUCCGCAUAAACAAUCCUCGAAACGUGCUUGAAACGCCAGAGAUCAUAUUUUGUAGAGUAGGUACAGUCACAGGUCGCGUCGCGCGUUGUUUCAUGGAAGCUUUUGGACUUGACCGUCCGUUUUGCUGCAAAGAAAGGUAUGUGCUGCAGAGAAAGGUAUGUAACGAAGAAUAUGAUGAACAGCUUAUAGAUCCACCAUCGAUCUUUUACUGAUUUUUGUGGUACGAGUCGGACCGAGACUCAUUGACAAUGAACGUUGCAUGCUUGAUGCGCGUUGUCCCC